GUUUGAAAGAAAGGGAUCUUUUCCUCUGUCGCUCGCUCGUUCCCUCGCUCUCCAUGGGUCGGCCACCGCUCGGCGGAGGCCCCGUCUUCCGAUUCAUCCAAAGUGAGAGUCUCCCGUUCAUGCCAGAUUGGCUCUUCAGCUUCUCCGUUCAUGCCAGAUUCGUAUCUUCAGCAAAUGAGCGGUUGUUGAGAUGGAAAAAUGCUUGCAAGAAGCAAACAAUUUGUUACCUCCUCGUGAGAUUAUAUGUGCUCUUGCCGAAAAAUUCAGUUCUUCAGCUGAUCGAGCUGGCAAGAUUGUUGUGCAGCCAAAGCAGGUAUGGAAUUGGUUCCAAAAUAGACGAUAUGCUCGAAGGGCGAGAUCAUCCAAGGGACCUGAAAAGCUAAUAGUCUCAACAAUGCCUCGGGAUGAUUCUCUUACUUUUAAAAAUGCAGCCCCUUCAUUAUCUGCUCCUUCAGUAAAGAAUUCUUCAGAUAGUUUUCAGGUGGAGUUUGAAGCAAAAUCUGCAAGGGAUGGGGCAUGGUAUGAUGUUUCAGCUUUCAUUUCACAUCGCACAAUUGAAGCAGGUGACCCGGAAGUUCGAGUUCGGUUUGCUGGCUUUGGUGCAGAAGAGGAUGAAUGGGUUGAUGUGGUCAAGUGUGUAAGAUUACGAUCUCUUCCAUGUGAAGCAUCAGAAUGUGCUGUAGUAAUUCCUGGAGAUCUCAUUCUCUGUUUUCAGGAGGGCAAGGAGCAGGCUCUUUAUUUCGACGCCCAUGUCCUUGAUGCGCAAAGGCGGAGACAUGACUCACGCGGAUGCCGUUGUAGAUUUCUAGUCCGUUAUGAUCAUGAUCAAUCUGAGGAAAUAGUUCCACUCAGGAAAGUAUGCAGGCGCCCGGAGACUGAUUACCGGCUAAAAAUGCUGCAAGCUUCAAGAGCAGCAGCUCUUGAGUCAAGCAUUGUAUCAAGUGAUCCCACUCUUCCAGGCUCAUCGAAAGAGGUCAUUUUGGCGGCAGAGAAGCCUCCCAAACAAUGGAAAUCGAUGGAUGUCACCACAGCUGAGGUAGCCACUGUUGUUGUGCCAGAACUUGAGGAGCAUGUUGUAUCUGAAACCCCACCUACUAAUAUUGUAGCUGACAAUGAUUUGGGCGGCCCAAAGAUCCCUCAAGAAGAUGAUGCAUUUACUGCAGUCAACCCUGAUAAAGUAGUACAAGAUGGAAGCCCAGCAAACCCUACAAACGUCUGCCCCCCUUUGUAGGUUUUCCUUCUACAUGUCAAUGUAAGAAGAAAAGAAUGAAAACAGCUCAAUGGAAGCUGUUCAUCAUUAUUAUCGAACUUCUGAAUUAAGCUUUCUUUAUACAGUGAGUUCUGUGGUUGUUCUUGCAUUUAAUCAUGUUUGUCCAGACUAUAGUAUUAGUGUAGUUUUGAUAGGGAGAAAGAAAAGACUCUUGAGGGUUGGCAAGCUUUGUUACAGAUACUGUGUUAUUUUCAACAGAAAGGUAUUAUAGAUAUUUUACAGCAAUGUAACUGCUUUUUGUUGUUC